AAACAAGCGGGUUUUGAAAACCAAAAGGAGAAGGGGUGCGAGAGGAGGCCAGGAUCCGGGCCUCCAUCCUCACGGGAGCCAAGAGGCAGCGAGGAGAUUGCCUCCCACCCCGACCAGCGCCAUGGGGCCCGACUGCCCACCGCCUCCCCCUCCCCCUCCGCCCAACAACAACAACAACAACAACUCCAAGCCCAGCGGCCACAAGAGCACCUGUGUGCCCAACGUGAGCGAGCGCAGGCGGGAGGAGAUCUCCGAGGAGAUCAGCAGCCUCAGGGAGAAGGUCAGCCGCCAGUGCCAGGACAACAGCAGCCUGCACGAGCAGAUGGAGCCCCCCGCAGAGGAAGAGGAGGGAAAGGAGGAGAAAGCGCAGGAGCAGCUGCAGGAGCCACCACAGCAGGAGUCGCCACAGCAGGAGCCCCCACAGCCACAGGCACAGCCACAGCAGCCACAGCCACAGCAGCCACAGCCACAGCAGCCACAGCCACUGCCACUGCCGCUGGAGCCCGAGGAGGAGGACGAGCUGGAGCUGCGUGGGGCAGCGGCGGCUGCCGCUCCCCCACCCCCCAUCGAGGAGGAGUGCCCCGAAGACCUCCCGGAGAAGUUCGACGGCAACCCAGACAUGCUGGCUCCCUUCAUGUCCCAGUGCCAGCUCUUCAUGGAGAAGAGCACCCGAGAUUUCUCCCUGGACCGCGUGCGCGUCUGCUUCGUGACCAGCAUGAUGACGGGCCGGGCAGCACGGUGGGCCUCAGCCAAGCUGGAAAGAUCCCACUACCUGAUGCACAACUACCCAGCCUUCAUGAUGGAGCUGAAACAUGUCUUCGAAGACCCUCAGCGUCGAGAGGCAGCCAAGCGCAAGAUCCGUCGCCUGCGCCAGGGCAUGGGGUCGGUGGUCGACUACUCCAACGCGUUCCAGAUGAUCGCCCAGGACCUGGACUGGAACGAGCCCGCUCUGAUCGAUCAGUACCACGAGGGCCUCAGCGACCACAUCCAGGAGGAGCUGUCUCACCUGGAGGCUGCCAAGACCCUGUCCGCACUCAUCGGCCAGUGCAUCCACAUCGAGCGCAGGCUGGCCCGGGCUGCUGCGGCUCGCAAGCCCCGCUCCCCACCGCGUGCGCUGGUGAUGCCCAACGUGUCUGGCCACCACCAGGUGGACCCCACCGAGCCCGUGGGGGGCGCCCGCAUGCGCCUCACCCAGGAAGAGAAGGAGCGGCGUCGCAAGCUGAACCUGUGCCUCUACUGCGGCACCGGCGGCCACUAUGCCGACAACUGUCCUGCCAAGGCCUCCAAGUCUUCACCGGCGGGAAACUCCCCGGCCCCGCUGUAGAGGGACCAUCAGCGACCGGGCCGGAAAGAAUAAGGUCCCCACAAGAUGAUGUGUCAUCAUCACCACACCUGCAAGUCAUGCUCCAGAUACAUCUCCCGGGCCGACACGCCCUGUUUGUCCGAGCCAUGAUCGAUUCUGGUGCUUCUGGAAACUUCAUCGAUUACGAAUAUGUCGCCCAAAACGGAAUUCCUCUGAGAAUUAAGGACUGGCCAAUACUCGUGGAAGCCAUCGAUGGGCGCCCCAUCGCCUCGGGCCCCAUCGUCCAUGAGACACAUGACCUGAUUGUAGACCUGGGAGACCACCGCGAGGUGCUGUCAUUCGACGUGACUCAGUCUCCCUUCUUCCCCAUCGUCCUGGGAAUGCGCUGGCUGAGCACCCACGACCCCAACAUCACCUGGAGCACACGCUCCAUUGUCUUCGACUCUGAUUACUGCCGCUACCACUGCCGCCUCUACGCGCACCUGCCGCUGCCGCUGCCGCUGCCGUCCUCGCACCAUACCAUCUACUACCCGGUAGAAGGCUACCGUGUGUACCAGCCCGUGCGCUACUACUACGUGCAGAAUGUCUACACUCCAGUCGACGAACACGUCUAUCCUGACCACCGGCUGGUGGACCCCCACAUUGAGAUGAUCCCUGGCGCGCACAGCAUCCCCAGCGGGCACGUGUACUCCCUGUCGGAACCUGAGAUGGCGGCGCUGCGAGACUUCGUGGCCAGGAACGUGAAGGAUGGGCUCAUCACCCCCACCGUCGCCCCCAACGGGGCCCAGGUCCUGCAGGUCAAGAGGGGCUGGAAGCUGCAGGUGUCUUACGACUGCCGUGCCCCGAACCACUUCACUAUCCAGCACCAGUAUCCUCGCCUGUCCAUUCCCAACCUGGAGGACCAAGCGCACCUGGCGACCUACACCGAAUAUGUACCUCAAGUGCACGGCUACCACCCCACCUACACCACGUACCCCACCUACCCUGUGGGAUUCGCCUGGUACCCCGUCGGCCGAGACAUGCAGGGGAGGUCGCUCUAUGUGCCUGUCAUGAUCACUUGGAACCCGCACUGGUACCGCCAGCCACCAGUGCCCCAAUACCCGCCGCCGCAGCCGCCGCCCCCACCACCCCCACCGCCGCCACCGCCGCCGCCACCGCCCCCCUCCUACAGCGCCAUGUGAGCACUCACUCCUCCCCGACCCCUGCCCCAACCACGUCGUGCCCUUCGGGACCUCCACCCUCCAGACUGACUCUCCUGUUCACUGCUUCUCCAUCACUGACUGUGUGCUAAAAGGUGGACUGGCGGGCAUGC